AUGCAGCAUUUAUGUAGGCUCUUGGGUUUUACAAAGGCAUAUAAUCUCAUUAAGCCUACUGCUAUUGAUCUUUUCAAGGACUUCCACUGCAGCAAGAACAAAGGAUUCAGUGAGCCUAUCAAGAAAGCUAUUGCUAAUAUGGAAGCGAUCAUGGCUGAACCAGUACAAGAUGAAGAGCAACCAAAGUUAGUGAACCAUGUUGUUUCUCAAGUUGUGAAAUCAACUACAUUUCUUCAAGUUGCAGGAAUUCAACCAAACUCCAACAAUAGCUCUAAAGGUUGCACUUCCUCAAAGGGAGCAAAAAGAAAAGCUGAUGGAAGGAAAACAAUAAGGGAUGAAUGA